AUGGCUAAGCAUGGGUUGAGAAAAGGCCUCAAGUUCGUGAAGCGCAAACUUACGAACAAGCCCAUUGCUGGCUUACCUGCAUGGGUGAACACACAUACAACCCAUGCACGGAGACAACCUGUAUAUGAUCCUCCCGGGAGCGAGGCGUACACUGGGCAGACCGUCAUGAUUAUCGGAGCCAUGGGUGCACUGGGACGCAGAACAGCCUAUCUCUUCGUAUUGAAUGGUGCUGCAUGUAUCCAUCUCACCGGAAAAUGCCGUGAUGAGCUGGCCAAGCUUGAAUACGAUCUCCGAAAUGAUCACCACCUACAUACAGCCAAUCCCGGCUGCAGAUUCAUACUGCACGAGCUCGAUCUCAGCAAUAGGGGGAUGACAAGGGACUUUGUGAAGAGAAUCACGACAGAUUGCCCCCACCUUCAUGUGCUUCUUUUCAAUGCGGCAACAUUCUGCCCGGGUUUCCAGGGAUGCGAUGGUCCUGAUGACGCCAGUGAAGCGACCGAGCGGAUGAUGCAGGUGAACUGCUACUCGCAAUGCUUGAUAUUCAUGGCCCUUAGGAAAAUCCUUAGCGACACCGGAAGGGAUUCGGGCUCGCUCUCUCACGUCACCUUCGUCACCUGUCACUGGUUGGGCAAUGGGUAUGGAACUCAGCUCCCUGAUAGUGUCAGCAAUCUGCGUGCACGGCUUGCCAAUCGAAUCACGUUCAAUAGCGGGCAUCAAUUUCAUCUCAGCAAGCUGCUUACGACCUUUUGGGUCUAUUACUAUGCAUCAUUGGCUCCCGUAGACGAAACCCACGUUGUUGUCAACACGGUUUGGCCAGGCACUCUGAAACAUUCGAACAUCUAUCGAGAAUGGGGACCAGAGGUCCACCAGGCUACAGAAGAGGCACGCGCCCUGUUUGGUCGGCCCAUAGGAAGAGCGGCUCGAGUCGUGCAUGCUGCUACACGGGGCAAUGCCGGAACACAUGGGCAUUGCAUUGCCAACAAAACCAAGUAUUUAGGGCAAAAUCUCGUAACGCAACAUGCUCGAUUAGGCUGCGAACGACUAGUAUACCGCAUGAUUGAGCAAGUGAUGCGGAGGGAGAUUACCACUAUAAAUGAUCAAAUGGAUUCUACGGAAUUUCAGAUGGUUCUCGACACUCCACACGAUUCUGACGAAGAUGAACCGGUUGUGGACAACCCGUGGCAACCUACUUUGGGAUAG